AGUUCACAACAACGUUACAAGAAGCAGAUUGUCCACUUUUUGUCUGAGUAAUCGAAUGCGCCGCGUCCCCUUUCUCGUUUAUCAACAAAUCGCCGAACUUGAGGCAAGCGAGGCAGCGAGCGAAUAAUUGGGGGGCACGAACUCCCGAUCUCUAGAAAAGAGUUUUAGCGGUUCUAGCUUUCUUCCUCUGGCACCUCUAUGUCUGGCACACGCUAGUGCCGUCCGUUUAGAAAUGUCGGCGUCUAGUGGACGGGAGGCGUUGAGUGGACCUUAAGCGGCUUAACUCGGUGCAAGUUCUCUCGGCGAUUCAUCGUCGAAAAAAAUAAACAAUGGGAAAAUUCAUCGCCUCGCGUUUGACAGACCCGCCGUCCGAAGACCACCCCGAGCCCUUCCCGAUCCUGAGUCUUCCCGAACAGCUCGUCGAAUGCAUACUGUCCUUCGUACCCGCCGAGUGCCUGGUAAGGGACUGCCCCUUCGUCUGCGAGCAGUUCAGACGCAUCGUGGACAGCAACGCCUUCUGGAAGAUGAAGUGCGAGAGAGACGGAAAAGUCAUUCCCAGUUUCCAACUUGACCCGCUGCCGAAACGCUACUACCGGAUGAUCUACCUGGAGAAUCCAUACGGCAGGAAUCUACUACGGAACAGCCAGGGAGACUGCCGCGAAGGUGAAUUCGCCCACUGGGAAGUGACCACGGAAAUGGGCGACGGCUGGCGUGUCGAGUCCUUUCCUGUCGGAGCUGAUUCCCUGCCCUUGGAGAGUCAGAGCUGCUUUGCCACUUCCUUUGGCCCUUGCAUCAAGGAGCAGGUGAUUGACCUCGUCAAGGAAGGGGUUGCCUGCGAGAUCCUCGACACCUUCAAGCCGCCCAUCGAGAUCUCAGAAUGGUAUGCAGCACGGAUCGACUGCGGCGGAGUCUACCACCUAAUGGUGGAGUUAAUUGACAUCGCCCACGACCAAGUUGCCAUCUUCGACACGGGGGAAAUCACGACACCUCAGUGGAUGGGACGCCGUUGGAAACAGGUGAAGCACACAUUCCUCGACUACCCGAGCGGCGUCCGAUACGUCCGAUUUGCCCACCUCGGGAGGGACACCCAGUUUUGGGCAGGUCACUACGGUGCAAAGAUGGCUGCUGGCGUGGUACGGAUCGCCGCGGAGCAGACGUCGCCGUGUCCGGCGACGACGGAAGGUCAUUUGGAGGCGGCUGGAAACCGCACCCCGUGGCUGUGCAACACGAGACGCUUUCCCAUGGCUGGGCAACAGUGACGUCCGACAUCUGCUGCGGAUGGCGACCGAUUACCUACAAGUAUGACGCCUGAAAAGCGCCUUCUACUGUUGUGUUUAGCACCCUAUACUGCCCAUGCAUCGAAAGGGGUCCCCAAGUGGCAACAAAUGAUGCCGCGGAAGCCGGCAUGCCAUGCUGCCUGUCGUCACGAUUCUGGGGGUUGGUCGUAGAAGUUCCGCCAAAAAGUAUGAGUGUGUGUUUGUCGCAGCGUUCCCACUCCUGGCUGCCAAAGCUUCCACGGAGCGUCAAGAUGGAGAGCGACCUGCAGUAGAGCAGGUGUCCGCUGUUGUCUGCCGGGACGGCAGCAGACAACAGCAAGACGCUUCUGUGACAUUAUCCGUCGGAAAUCGAGAGACCACUUUUGAAGGCGUGGUAAACACACAAGAAGGGGACGCAUUCCAGGUACCGCAUUGGAAGGGCUGUACGUUGACUGCAGUGUGACUCAGUAUGUGGAAACUCUGGAACUGUCGGAAAGUUCAGUUAUCCUGAAAAGAAAUGGGGAGAAACGUCGGGGGUCUUUUGCGAGAACACUGCUAGAGAAAAGGGGGGCAAGCUUGCCAUUAAAUUAUAUCUUGUUGUUGUCUCCUUUUUUUUGUUCAUGUGUUCACGAAAUCGAAGCGGAGCUCUGCAAUGCAUGUCGGUAUGCAGUUAUCAUAUAAGUGCUGACGGAACCUCGAACCAUGAGUCUUAUCCUUUUUAAGCUUGUGGGAGAUUAUUGUUCACAAUGGCACAGCAAUCUUGUUUUUGUAGUAGUAGCUUUAAGUCAGCUAUAGCUUGUUCCUCCUCAAUGUUUGUGGCUGUGUUUUCAAACUUUGUGCAUGCUAAGCCGUCAUCAAUGCUCCUG